AUGGAUGCGACCUGGGCAUGGUUAGAGUCAUUUGGCUUAGUAGAGCACUACAAUUUGGUAAAAUCAGAGCUCGAAAGCGCGAUACAAACGGCUCAACAGAGCGAAAUGUCUAAAAUAUACACGGCAACAGCUCUUGGAGCCCUAGUCCUUUGGCUAGUGCUGAGGCCAUCCACGAGAGCAAAAGGGAGAAAAGAGAAACGGGGGAAGGGUAAAAACAAGAAGAAGUCAGGCGCCGCUGAGAGAAAACCAUUGACAUUAGAAGAGCAGCUAGAGCUAGUUCAACAGAGGUACGUUAGCGAGUUUAAGAGUGAUCUGGACCAUUUGAUCGAGAAUUUCGAUGCAGACUCCGAAAAACAGCAAUAUCAGCGCAAUUAUUUCAACGAAAUGCUGCUGAAACUGGUCAUUGAGUUGGAUGGAGUUGACCUCGUAGAUGUGGAAGGCGAGCGGAAAAAGGCAUUGAAAAUCAAACGGAAGCAGAUCAUCAAGGAAAUUCAGUUUGAUUUGAAACGACUUGACUCUCUAAAGAGGAUCACAUCAUGA